AUGCCGGACGAAGCCUCGGAGCGCGCCCACUCCGCCUCCGCCUCGGCCUCCGCCCGCGUGUCCUCUUUUUUAAUCGCGAAUUUGUUGGGAGCCAAAGCCAAGGACGAGAAGAAGCCGGACAGCGCCGACGAGCACCACAAAGAGACGCGCGCGCGGAGUGGGUUCGCUGGCAGCCAUUGCUCCGUCGCCUGCUGCCAGUGCCAGGUCUCGCCCUUCGGGCUCGGUCUGCGCGGCUACCCGCUCCGAGACAGCACCGUGGGCUGGUACAGAAGAGCGCACGUGGCUUUCAUUGGGCGCGCCAGUCCGGAAACCAGUGACAGAGACUCUCCGGAGAUCGCCGACGAGGAGAAGGCCGCCGCCGCCACCGCUGCCGCCGCCGCCGGCUAUGAGAAGCUGGCCGCCGAGCUGAGACCCGCCGCAGGGCGAGCGGAGUUGGCGGGCGGCGGCGGCGGCAGCGGCAGCGGCAGCGGCCUGGAAGAGGAGCGGGUGGAGGAGUCCGACUCGGGCGAGGCGCGGGCCGCCGGGCGCAAGAAGAAGACGCGCACGGUGUUCAGCCGCAGCCAGGUCUUCCAGCUGGAGUCCACCUUCGACGUGAAGCGCUACCUGAGCAGCUCCGAGCGGGCCGGCCUGGCCGCCUCGCUCCACCUCACCGAGACGCAGGUGAAGAUCUGGUUCCAGAACCGCCGGAACAAAUGGAAACGGCAGCUGGCCGCGGACUUGGAGGCCGCCAACGUCCCGCACGCGGCCCAGAGGGUGGUCCGCGUGCCCAUUUUGUACCACGAAAACUCCCUGGCGGGCGCAGCGCUGGGCUGCUUCGCCUUGCCGCCCCCGCCGCCCCACGGCUCCCCGCCGCUGGUGGCCGUGUCCAGCGGCGCCACCUACCCCCUGAGCCCCUUCCCCGCCGCCGCCGCCUCGGUGCCCUUUCUAAGGUCGCAGAUGGCCGGACUCGUCUGA